AUGGAGUUUUUAAACAACACUACGUUUUCUUAUGAGAUCUGGACUGGAUCCCAAUUGCCUGAUCACGAUGCUCUCACCACGUUCAGUCUCGCAUAUGGAAAAGUUCAUGGGUAUGUUAGUCUUCUCGUUUGUUUCUUUGGAAUUCCAACUAAUAUUAUAAAUAUAACAGUGUUGACCCGGAAGCACAUGCAGACUUCAAUUAACCUCAUUCUAACAUGGAUGGCUGUUUCGGAUAUGUUAACUAUGGUGACUUACGUACCUUUUGUCGUCCAUUUCUAUAUUCAGUACGGAACGUAUGAGUUGUCAGCCGAGAAAAAUACGAAAAUAUGGAUGGAAUAUCUUUUAUUUCAUAUAAACUUCUCGGCAUUGACUCACACUAUUUCUAUAUGGUUAGGUGUAUCACUUGCAAUAUUUCGAUACAUGCAUUUGAAAUCAUCAGAGACGGGAAAUCUUGUGCAUGUUCGUCGGAUCAUUCGGGCUCGUAUAGGCAUAUUUGUUAUUAUUGCUUGUUCAGUGUUGUUGAUGAUACCAAACUUCAUGUCAACGAGCCUCGAACUGAAAGCAAACACAUCUGAAAUCGUUUAUAUAAUCGAGGAUACAAACAUAGGAACCCCAAAUAUUACGCUGAUUAAUUUUGUGAACAUGUGCAUCUACAGUGCGCUUGCCAAGUUUGUACCAUGUUUGUUAAUGAUUGUAUUUGGAGGACUUUUGCUGCGAACUCUUGACAUGCAGGUGAGAGUUAGACGUAAAAGGAUGAAAAAACUAGGAGUCAUUAUGACACGACCAUUAAAUACGUCAAGGACGACAGUGUUACUGCUGAUUGUUAUGAUCCUGUUUUUAAUUACUGAACUUCCUCAAGGAAUCCUUAUUGUACUGAGCUUAUUUAAAAGUGGGUUUUUCUUGGAUGUUUACAUCCCCCUUGGAGAUGUUAUGGAUAUUCUGGCAUUAGUAAACAAUGCCAUCAAUUUUGUGCUUUAUUGUUCGAUGAACAGAGAGUUUAGAAGAACGCUUGUUCGAAUCUUGUGCACACGAGGACUAAAGCAUUAUCGCACGCAUGCUAACACAAUUGCCACAGGUACUGAACUUGUGACAGAAGCGGCACAGAAAUUGUCCAUGAUGGUUGACAAUCAAGCUUGCGAUGACACCAUAUCAAAAGAUCCGCUGGACACAUCAAAUGUAAUGACAAUGGUAUCAGCAACUGAAUUAUCUACCCUGAUUGACCCUAAACAUACUGUCGAAAAAAUACAAGAUAACAAUCUGAAUUUUAAAUGA